AUGGCUGUCUCAUCUCGAGCGAUCGCUCUGAGCUGCAUCACAUUGAUGUGCAAAGCACAGCGCUCAAGCUCGGCAAAGAGGCGAGCAAAGAUGGCUGCUCAGGAGCAGGAAGAUCAACUACACACUGUUGGUAUAGAAUCCGAGCGAGCGCGACUUCCAGCGGAACUCACCGGUCCGGGAUGGAAGGCGCGAGGUGAUCGCACACCAACUGACAAGAGGGUCCCGUUCAAUCGGCCAACAGCGAAACAGAUUUUUGACGCGCUUCCAUUUGUUCGACGAUAUUUUUUCUACUGGAUGAGAUACACGUUCGACAAGGAAAAGUUGUUCAUUAAUACAUUUCAGCCAUUGAAACAUAAGCCAUUUUAUGGUGUCCCUUGUGGUGGUAUAGGCUGUGGAGCCAUGGGCCGUGAUUUUCGAGGAGGAUUCUGCAAAUUCAGCUUACGACCAGGUCUUGUCGAGCACAAGGUGGAUAUGAUACCUGCAAACCAGUUCAUCCUUUCGGUACGUCGUGACGGGCGUUGUGUGUAUCAAAAAGUCCUCUGCGCUGCUGAUGUGGUGCUUUCUGGUCAGCAGUUGAGUUCAUGGGAUUUCUCAUUCCCGAAAAAGGAUUUGCAUUACAGGUAUGAGGUCCUUACAGAUAAUUCUUAA